AUGCGCCUGUCCACCACCGCCACCGUCGCUGCCCUGUCACCUCUAGCCUUGGCCGCCCCGAUCAACACCAGCGGUGCAUCAGGUACGGCAGACAUUAUCGUCCGGCGGAACAUGGGCGGUGUUGCUGGCGACCGCCACAGCGAUACUAGAAUCCUGGUGCCUCUGGGUCACGUCUUCGCCGGCCAUGCUUCUCUCGAUGCCGUGUCGACUCUCUGGCUCAACGCCGCGUACGGUGCCGACGUUGCGGCUGUUAGCUGCACGCCGUUUAAGAGCACCGACGGGACUGGUGAGGCCGGUCCUUCGUUCUCCAAAGAGCACCCGUCAUACGUCUCGACCCACAACGACAAGAUUGGCAGCAUCUUCUGCAGCUAA